UAUGGUUUAUAACACACUCCUUCGUGCUGUUUUCACUUGCUCUCUUUUCAUUCUGCUCAUUAACGAGGGGAUAUUUCGAGUAAAUGGGCAGUACGGUGGUGGUGGCGGGGAGCGAGGAAUGUCUAUACCGGAGCACGGCUUCUGUCAGCCCAUAUCCAUCCCUCUGUGUACGGACAUCGCCUACAACGAGACUAUCAUGCCCAACCUGCUGGGUCACACCAACCAGGAGGACGCCGGCCUGGAGGUCCACCAGUUCUACCCUCUGGUGAAAGUGCAGUGCUCCCCGGAUUUAAAGUUCUUCCUGUGCUCUAUGUACGCGCCUGUGUGCACGGUGCUGGAGCAAGCUCUUCCACCGUGCCGGUCCCUGUGCGAGCGUGCCCGGCAAGGCUGCGAGGCUCUCAUGAACAAGUUCGGCUUCCAGUGGCCCGACAGUUUAGCGUGCGAGUCGUUCCCUGUGCACGGUGCAGGAGAACUGUGCGUGGGGCAGAAUAUGUCGGAUCGUACCGAGCCAGACCCACCCGCUCCGUACCCCACCGAGAGGAUCAUGUCUGACCCCGCAAACGGUCAGUUCAGGUGCCCUGCUUCUCUCAGGGUGCCACCCUACCUGAACUACCGUUUCCUCGGGCAGGAGAACUGCGGUGCUCCGUGUGAGCCGAAGAGAUCUCACGGGAUGAUGUACUUCAAUGAAGAGGAGCUCAGAUUUGCCAGGAUCUGGAUCGGGAUCUGGUCUGUGCUGUGCUGUGCUUCCACUUUGUUCACAGUGCUGACCUACCUGGUGGACAUGAAGCGGUUCAGCUACCCUGAACGCCCCAUUGUCUUCCUAUCAGGGUGUUACACCAUGGUGUCCAUCGCCUACAUCGCAGGGUUCUUACUGGAGGACAAAGUGGUGUGCAAUGAUAGGUUUGAUAAUGACAUUAGGACUGUGGUGCAGGGCACUAAAAAGGAGGGCUGCACCAUCCUCUUCAUGAUGCUGUACUUCUUCAGCAUGGCCAGCUCAAUCUGGUGGGUCAUCCUGGCUCUCACCUGGUUCCUGGCAGCAGGGAUGAAAUGGGGCCACGAGGCCAUCGAGGCCAACUCCCAGUACUUCCACUUGGCAGCCUGGGCCGUACCCGCCAUUAAAACCAUCACCAUCCUGGCUGUGGGACAGGUGGACGGAGACGUGUUGAGCGGGGUUUGCUUCGUCGGCAUCAACAGCGUGGACGCCCUGCGGGGUUUCGUUCUGGCGCCACUCUUCGUCUACUUGUUCAUCGGCACGUCCUUCCUCCUGGCUGGGUUCGUGUCCCUGUUUCGCAUCCGCACCAUCAUGAAGCACGACGGCACCAAGACAGAGAAGCUGGAGAAGCUGAUGGUGAGGAUAGGGAUCUUCAGCGUGCUGUACACCGUGCCGGCCACCAUCGUCAUCGCCUGCUACUUCUACGAGCAGGCCUUCAGAGAGCAGUGGGAGAGGACGUGGAUCACCCAGACGUGUAAGACGUACGCAGUGCCGUGCCCCGGACAGAACCACCCCAACAUGAGCCCCGACUUCACCGUCUUCAUGAUAAAGUAUCUCAUGACGCUCAUUGUGGGCAUCACCUCCGGCUUCUGGAUCUGGUCUGGAAAGACCCUCAACUCGUGGAGGAGGUUUUACACGAGACUGGCCAACAGUAAACAGGGUGAGACCACAGUGUGA